AUGAAGGGAAGAUCAGGCAGGGAACAUGCUCGGCUUGUGCGCAGCGCCAUCUUGGAGGCGGAGCUUGGCGCGCCAGAGGAUAUGCAUGCGUUUCGUUGCCAAAGAUUGUAUAGCAAACAAGACAGAUCAGCAACCCGACGUCUCGCAAGCAAGACUGCCGUGCCCGAUGCGACGCUAGUGUUUAUAGCCGAGCGGUGGGGCUGGAGCGGGGCGCAUGGGGCGCGGCGCGCGCGCUGUGGGCGGCAGGCGGCGCGCACUGACCGGCCACACGCGCUCCGACGCGCACGCGCACGCAUGAAGAUCGAGGAACAAUCCACCGACGAGGCGGCACGCCGACCGCCUGCCACGCGCCGCCAAGAGAAACCACCCUACUCCUACAUCGCUCUAAUCGUCAUGGCGAUCCGACAUUCACCAAAUAAACGACUCACGCUCAGCGAAAUUUACGCGUUUCUCCAGCAACAGUUCCCUUUCUUCCGCAGCUCGUAUCAGGGCUGGAAGAACUCUGUGCGGCACAAUUUGAGCCUGAACGAAUGUUUCGUGAAGCUGCCGAAGGGCCUCGGGCGGCCGGGCAAGGGACACUAUUGGACGAUAGAUCCGUCGUCGGAGUUCAUGUUCGAGGAAGGGUCGUUCAGGCGGCGGCCCCGCGGUUUCAGGCGCAAGUGUCAAGCUCUGAAGCCACAGUUUGGGAGCGGUGGCUACUUGUGCGGCGGGGGCGUGCCGACGUUGCCGCCGUCGCAAGCGUCAGGUUACGAGCUGGCGGGCAGCAGCGGGGCGGGCUCGAGCGGGACGACGCUGGACUACAGUUCCUGUUCGUACCCUCACGCAGCAGGCCAGCAGCUAUCCUACGGCGGCGAUUAUUGCACCUACGGGUCGGUGAGCGAGCGCGAGUGGCCGCUCCCGUACGGAGCCGUGGAGGCGGGCUACCGGCCGCCGCCCACCUCGCCGCCGCGUCACGACAUGCCGGAUCUCAUACCCAACUACCAAUACAGUGUCUCCAAUGAUCACGGCAGGACCGAUGGCGCAAUACCAGCUUUUCACCGAACAUAUUCUGGCACAGUUACCUGAAUUCCGACACACCGAUGUUAAUAUUAUUAUCAGGAGCAGCAUCGAUGUUCGCCGGUAUGAGUCUGGGAGGGUCCAGCAUUGGGCUGGGCGGCUUCGGGUUGCCCACGCUUCCCCCCGACCGCAAGGUGUACGCCUCUCCUCUGCCCACACCGCUCCCAGCGCUUGGCAGCACCUCCUCCACUCCCACUCCUGCGCCAACGCCGACUACGACCCACGCGUAUUAUAGUACAAAUUUUUAAAUUUCUUUACCUAUUUCCGUAGCCAUCCUCAGAUACUUGAAAAUAAGAUUGCAUGCGGUAGCCAGAGAUGUGAAUUUAAUUAAAUGCUUAAUUAUGUAAUAUCGUGUUGUCUGAUCUUAUGGCAAAAAAAGUGAUUAUAGCAAGUACCUAUAAUCAAACUUCAAAGUUAAUCGCGUCUCUGUGCUCUCAUUUAGCUUGUACAAGUACAUUGCACUACUUACUUAUAUCAACGGCGACAACUCGCGCUAGGCGACAUGCGGCAACAGGUUCUCUGGAACAUAUAGAUGUAGCAAUGUCUUGUAGAAGUGUACCAUAGCGGUGUCUGUAUGCAGCGGGUCCCCCAGGUGCAAUGCAUAAAGGCAGCAUUAGUAAACACACAAGAAUUAUACAAGACCAUAUAUAAUGACCAAUUGACCAACUUUACCAUCAGUGUUGCUUGUGCAUACUUGUGAGCUUAAAGACAUCUUGAACUCUGAGGCAGCUACAUAGGCGUUUAUUAAGUAGCCGUUUUCCACCUGGGCCGGUUCCUAAGCUUGUUCAUAAGCACCGUUUUUUACGUUUGUACCGAUCCCAAACCGUCGCGUCGCUAGCGCGCCGGUGUCCCAUAUCCCAUUGUACCGAAUGCACCAUUGACUUGCAUCAUCAAUGGUGCAGAUAAAACUGAUUAGUAACGUUUAUAUGGGAACCACAAUAGGUACCUAUAGAUAGUGUCAUCUGCACCAUUAUGAUAAUUAUAAUUAUACUUUAAAUACGGUUAUAUAUACCUACUUAGGUAAUUCGCUUUGCAUGUUAUAUUUUAAUUUUACAAUUUUAUCUAACUAGAGUAAAUUUUCGUAAUAACAAUGAGUGAAACUUUUAUUGCACAUAAUCGAUUAUUAAAAUUUGUUUUUUUUUAUUUGGCAUUCAUUUGUUUUUUUACCCAUUAUUUUUUUAUGACGUGAGAAGAAAGGGGAAAUGGUAGUAUUCAUAAGGUGCCAAGGAAACCAAUCAGUUAGAUCUGCAACAUUAUUGGUGCAAGUCAAUGGUGCAUUUGAUUUAACGCUGAUUUAAGUAUGACUGAAACACUGAAACUGUAUUCAAGUCAUAUUAUCUUACCUAAUCAAAGAAUAUUAUUCUUAAAAUUAUAAACACUAAAGGAAACAUCUCCAUAGUGUUUAUUGUGUUAUAGUAUCGUUCUUAUAGUACCGUUAUCUUAAAAACAUGUUAUAUUUUCUAAUUAUAGUUACUUUAAAAAAUAUGUAUAGGGUUAUUUAAAAAUUAAGUUAGUGUACACCACUUGAAUGUUGGAUAUUCCACUAAAAGAUUUAAAUUCUACCUAUGCUGUCAGGCUGACAUAGUUAAGUCCUUUGAUUAUUUACUCCCUAGAUAGAGCGUGGCAGCACAGAAGCGUUGAAAAAAAUAUCUCCCACCUGGUGGGGUUUAAGUCGUUCCCUGUCACUUAGUGUUCAAUGCAACAAUGAGCCAUACGGACGUCAAUUACCGAGUUUCGUUUUGAAAUUAUUGCUUAAAAAUGUUGAGUUACGCGAUAAAAUUUUACCGAAAUUAUAAAGGACACAUAAAAACAACCAACCAAGCCACUUACCAUCGACAAGUAGCUCAUAAUUCACCUUAAAAAAAUAAAACAAUAACAUCAUAUUAGUUAAAAAAAAAUAAGACUCCAUCUUGUCAUUUUCAAAGUGAUGUCAGUGUCUCAUUACAAAAUUAGCCAAAAAAUAGUAAGUAUGGCGUAAUCAAAAGUAACUUGUAUAGAGAUCCAAAAACCCAGAAAGAGCUUCGAUUAAGAAAAUACGGAUUACGAAAAAGUGAAGUCUGCAAUUUUAAUUUCAUUACAUUUAUCAUAAUAAAAAAAAAAAUUUGCUCUUUCUUUCUAUAUUAUCAUGACUGUUAUUUCCGUAAUAAAGUGUUUAAAGUAAAUAAAUAAACUUUCGUAAAAAACAUCCAAAUAUAAAAUACGGUAAACAGAUAUUUGAACAACUAUGAUUUUUAAUCGUGUGAACAAUAUGCCCAAUUUUGCGGAACGUGGCCUUACCUGCUAAUAAACAAUCAUAGCACAAUACAUACAAGACCGGUAGCGUUUCAUUUAAAACAUGACAUCAGUCUGUCCUUUUCAUUCCUUAUUAAGCAUGACAAGGACAAACUGUUGUCAAGUACACCGGCAUAAAACUUGUUACUCUGUGGUUGUGGUGCAUGCAGUUUGCAUUCGUAGUAAUCUGUGACUGUGGCAUUCGUGCAUUCCAAAGAGUAGUUUAAUAUACCGGAAAGUGCAUUCUCGUUUCGGAUUACCUGUUGUGUGUGUUUAUUUUCAUUGUUUUGCCUUUAAUUUAACUAUUUCGGCUAUCUAAUAUGCCAUCGAUGUUACCAAAGAGCAGAGUCCUUAUUACCGAGUGCUAGUGAACCAGUGCCACAACAUCCUGAGAGGAUCAUCAUCAUCAUCAUCAUGUCAGCCGUAUGACGCCCACUGCUGAGCAUAGGCCUCCCCCAAGGAUCUCCACACCGAUCGGUCCUGCGCCACUCGCAUCCAUCGGCUUCCCGCGACCUUCACAAGAUCGUCGGUCCACCUUGUGGGCGGCCUACCCACAGAGCGUCGUCCGGUGCGUGGUCGCCAUUCCAGAACCUUUCCGCCCCAACGGCCAUCGGUUCUUCUUGCUACGUGCUACGUGUCCCGCCCACUGCCACUUCAGCAGAGCCAUCGUUUGAGCGAUAUCGGUAACUUUGGUUCUCCUACGGAUUUCCUCAUUUCUGAUUCUAUCGCGUAGGGAAACACCAAGCAUCGCUCUCUCCAUUGCUCGCUGCGUGACCUUGAGCCUUCUUAUGAGACCCGCAGUAAAGGACCACGUCUCGCUUCCGUAGGUCAUCACUGGCAACACACACUGGUCAAAGACUUUUGUCUUGAGACACUGAGGUAAUUUGGACGCGAAUAUUUUUCGUAGCUUCCCGAACGCUGCCCAUCCGAGCUGGAUACGACGAGAGAUCUCUUUCUCAAAGUUGGACCUACCUAACUGGACUGUCUGUCCUAGGUAGACGUAACAGUCGACAACUUCGAGUGUAGUGUUCCCAAUUUUAACUGGAGCGGGUAGUACAUGGGCAUUUGACAUAAUUUUCGUCUUCUCCAUGUUCAUCUUAAGACCCACUUUUUGGAAAGCACUACUAAGAUCUUCGAGCAUCGUGUUAAGAUCUUCCAAGGUCUCAGCCAUAAGAACUACAUCAUCGGCGAAACGAAGGUGCGAAAGGUACUCGCCAUUGAUGUUAAUGCCUCGUCCUUUCCAAUCCAGAAGCUUAAAAAUAUCCUCCAAUGCAGCUGUGAACAGUUUCGGAGAUAUCACAUCUCCCUGUCUCACGCCUCGCUUCAAUUGGAUAGGAUUGGAGCUCUGGUUCUGUAAUCGGACUGACAUAGUGGCGUUUUCGUAGAGGUACCUUAAUACCUCGACAUACCUGUAGUCUACUUGGCACCUUUGGAGAGACUGUAACACCGCCCAGGUCUCAAUCGAAUCGAAAGCUUUCUCAUAGUCCACGAACGCCAAACAAAAUGGCAGAUUAUACUCUUCGGUCUUCUGUAUAACCUGCCGCAGCGUAUCAUCAGCGUAUCAUCUGAGAGGAUCAUACUGCCAAAUUAUUCAAGAACACUUGAUACACAUUCACGCUGCAUAUUUACACAAUAUACAUGUGAUAUACAAAUAAAUACAAUAGACAAUAUGAUACAAUUAUGUGAAAAAUAGUCAAUACAUAAGAAGCAAAACUACAGUUUUUAUUUUAUUCAUGAUUCCUACCUAACCAAGUUUUUCCUAAUAGUUAUUCUUUAAAAUCGCACCAAAUAAAAUGAAUUAGUUGUAAUAUUAAUUCACUUCAUACUGAGUUCAUACUAAAUUCAUAGGUUGACCUAUGUUUCAUUGAAUAUUAAACAUAACCUCAAUUUUUUUUUAUUUUUCCUAAUAAUUUAAGUUCUCAGAAGUGUCCGUCAAUAAUCUUUGUUUUUUGCAGUCAUUUACUUACGAUUUUGAACCUAGAAAAUAAUUUUUCAUGAUUGUUGGUUCUUAGGCUAACUAUGUAUGGACGCUGAACAAUGUCCUUUCCUUUUAUUAUUUGGCAAAUUUUUGAGAUUUUUCAAUUUGACCUUAGAUUUGGGGGGGGGGGGCAUGUCCCCUGUGACCCCCCCUUCGGACCGCGCCUGCCGUGUAAAUGACGUUUGUCUGUGUGCUUGCCUCGAUUCGGGCGCUAGUAUGAAGUCGGAGUAAUGCUCUUGUAUGUAUUGUGAUCAUAGUGCGCAUGCGUAAUAAAUAAAAAUCUUACAAAUGCGCACCGAAACACAAAUAAUGACAUUUCGCGAGUGUAAGAUACAGGAUUCGCGUGUUUUGUUUUGCGUAUCACGCACACAAGGAUAUAAAACCUGGCCUGUUUUUAUCGCAGUGUUUACAAGGUGACGCUCUAUCUAGAGAGUAAAUAAUCAUGAGGGUAAGUCAUGGUUAUUAUUGUUAAAGGAAAUUGAGGUCAUGAUUCUCAAAAUAUACUUACAAACAACCCUUGCAAACAACGUUAUAAGUUUUUAGGUGCAAGCAUGAAUUCUUAAUUUAUAUAAGUAUAAGACCUAUUUGCAAUGUGACCAGAGUUAGUUAUUAUACUGGACCUGAUUCUAGUGUGAUUCUUUAAACCUAAAACUAAAUUAAUUUGACAAUGGUACUUAUAUCCUUUAGUUCAUUAAUAGAGAACUAAAGCGCCUUCAUCUGCGUGUAAAAACCUCUAAAUAAACAUCCCCUUUUAAUUCCCAUAAAUAGUUUCAUAUAAAUCGGUUCAGCCGUUGAAUAUGAAUUUCAUAAUAUUUAAAUAUAAAUGAAAAGAUUAAACUGUUGGCAAAUUAAGUUUUAAGUUGAGAUGACAAUGGUGUCGAUUCUAGCGUGAUUCUCUAAACUUAAAACUAAAUUUAACAUCAGUCUCUCCUUCUCAUUCUGUACAGAUAAUGACAAGGAAACACUGUUGUCAAAUUUAAGUUUAGCUUUAGAGAAUCAUGCCAGAAUCGACAUCAAUGUCAGAUUCAGGCCCACUAUCUGUGCCAAAGUAAUAUAGUUAAUUUUUUACAAUUAUCUAAGUAUCUCUUUCUGUUUUGGUAAUAUGUAAACCGGUCUGAGAUUAUUUAUUUAACGCAUACAAAUAAACACUUAUUAUGUAUGUUUUGAAAACAAGAUUUUAAUGAAUCAGUUUAGAAUCAAUGCUAUUUGUAGAAACUAAAAGAUUUGUAAUUUAUUUAUAAAUUAUACCUUAGGAUCAUGAGACUCACAUGAAAGAAGAAACCUUUUUUUGCAUCUAAAGCAUUGUAAAUACCGACUAAACCAAAAUAGUUAAUCAAUCAUAUGGUUCAUCUGUUGCUAUGCUAUUGUUUUAAAAUCAGAUUGAACCCCCAAGUAACUAACGUUUUCAUCAUUGUAUAUUUGAAAUAAUGUAAUACUAUUGUGAAGAAAGUAAAAAGAAAUGUAUCUAAAGACAUGUAGAUAUUCAUUACAUGUGGCUCUUCUAGAAUUAUUAGAAAUAUGAAUUUAUUGUAGUUGAACGAUUUUAGUGGGUCAUUAAAACUAAAUAAAACUUCUAUGGCUAAACUUAAUUUAUUGUGUUAGGUUUGCAACCUUAAAUAGAUAAAAAUUGUGCUUUAUCUUUUUAUACUUUUCUAAGAAACUUUUAAAUCAGUAAGUAAAUUUUUCCAUUUAAAAUAUCGUUCUUCGUUAUAGGUACUUACUAUUUUUAUCUGAAUGUACUAUCUAUUAACUAUUAUUACAUUAAAUAUAGUUUAUCUACAAUGCUAUUAAAAAGUAUUACUUUAAAUAUAGUUUAUCUACAAUGCUAUUGACCCUAAUUGACCAAAUACACAAUGACCUAUAGUGCAGUCAAAAUAGACAUUUGACUUAGUUCGCAUAGAGCUGAAAAUUGAUAGAAACGUUCCCCUAUUCCCAGUAAUCUUAUUAGUUGAACUACUGGGAAUUUCCUUCCCAAUAGACUUACUAGUAAGACCACUGGGAACUUUGUACCCAGUAGACUUACCAGUAAAAAAGCUCCCAAUAGUUCUACUCUUAAGACUUACCAGUAAAAAAAACUCCCAAUAGUUCUACUCUUAUGUAGAUCUAGGUAAUUGAUAGAAUACCUAUAUAGUUUGGGACUUGAAUCUAUGACCCAAGAAAAAUCAAGAAUCUUUCAGGUCGCUCAGAAUUCAGCUGCAUAAACACUGCUGCGUAGGUAUUUUACACAGUUUCACUGCUUUAUACAAAAGUAGUAGUAUAUAAUAGUAGUACUCAUGGUGCUUAUUCUAAGUUUGGAUUGACGGAAUUUGAAAAAAGAGAUGUUAUAAAUUUUAGUUUUUUUGAUAAUAUAUAAUAUACAAUUUUCGCUUUGUCAAGCUUGUAUUAAAUACAUAUAAACGUUUAUAAAAUUAUUAUUUUGUAAGUAAAUUUUGUUUAAAGUUUUGUAAAAGUACCAGGAGACCAUACUUAACUAGGAGGCUGUGUUAAUGCAAAUGGUUGAAAACAUAAGAAUUGUUUGUCAUUUGGAAAAAUGUAAAUAUUAUUUCUUUUUUUCUCUUAGACCUAAUAAAGCUACUGAUGAUUGUCAAUACUAUCUUUUAAGAAGUCUAUUUUUAAAAAAAAUAUGAUAAAGUUAAACUAAUGGGAAAUAAAUAACACCGAUGAAGUCUUACUAUCAGUAAGUCUAUUGGGAAAGAAAUUCCCUGUAGUUCAACUGGUAAGACUACUGGGAACAGGGGGAGACGUUAAAUACACCAUUAUAAAUGAAAUGACGAAAAUCUAAGACAAAAAAUAUCCAAGGACAAACGUCUCUACCAAUUUUUGGCUAUAAGCGAAUUUUGGCUAAAUCAUAACUUAUUUUUGUCUAUUUAGACUAUCUAAAGGCAAGUAAGCCUUUACCAGUACUAGAAAUAGAAAUGUGACGUUGAAGUGCCUAUAUUAUUAAUGAUAAUAUAAUUAUUUUAUUUUAUUUGUGUAUUUAAAUAAGUGCCUAAUGGAAAUUUUAAGAUACGAUAGUUUUGAAAUAAAUUAUCAUUAUUU